GAUUUGCAUAGAACUGGUUGUAGUUUGUUUUGCGGUGCUGCUGGUCGUGAUAAUCAAGGGGUAUUGCGUCGUGCGUUAUUAGGAUUUGCACGAUGGAACAAAUCCGUUGGAUAUUGUCAAGGCCUUAAUGUUCUUGCUGCCCUAAUUUUGCAAGUCACCGACAAAGCUGAGACUUCUGCGGUGAAAAUUAUGAUAUAUUUAGUUGAAGGAGUAUUACCAGAGGGUUACUUUGCGGAUAAUCUUCGUGGUUUGACUGUGGAUAUGGCUGUAUUCAAAGAUUUGUUACGUUUAAAGCUACCAAGACUAUCUAAACACAUAGAAUCUUUACAAAACAAAAACAAAAGUAAAGCAACAGGGAGCAGUUAUGAACCACCUUUAAUAAAUGUAUUUACUAUGCAAUGGUUCCUUACACUAUUUUGUCAUUGUUUACCUGAAAAUACUGUCCUUCGUAUUUGGGACCUAAUCUUUCUAGAAGGCAACGAAAUUCUUCUGAAAACAGCUUUAGCUAUUUGGAAAGGGAUUUCCGAGUAUGUAUCCAAUACUUUUUUUAAUACAAUAGUAUAA